AUGAGUGCAAAAAGAAUAUUUGUUGAAAAAGAUCAACAAACCUCUGAUGAUGAUGACAAGGAUCAAAAAGUUGUCAUCAAUUCACUGGAUUACGACUCAUUAGCUCAAAUUUUCAUGAUGCUGCCAGUACCAGAAAGGAUAGACAUUGAAGGAGUUUGUGUCAAAUGGAAAGAGGCAUGUCAACUAUCUUGGUAUAACACUAAAAAAUACAAAUGUGAAUCAUCAAUUGGACGUUCAUAUAGAAACCGUUUGUUGAUACAAUCAUACCUCAAGAAAAUAUUAUUAAGAUGUGAAAUAUGUUCUCGUUCUUUUUAUAAUGACCCUCUUUCUUUUCCGUCUGCUCUUGAUGAAAUAUCAAAGUUACAAUAUCUUGAACAUUUAAAAUUGUGUAUCGAAAAAUAUCUUGAAGAUAGUACAAUUAUUGCCAUUGCUAACAAUUGUAAAAACCUAAAAAGUUUAGAAAUCCGAGGUAGCAGUGCUAUUACUGAAACAGCUCUCGUUGCUUUAACAAAGUUGAAAAAUUUACAAAAACUAGAUGUAAGCUUUCUUGAUAUUACAGACAGCUUCAUUGAUAAAUUGAAAGGAUUAAAAGAAUUGCAUUGUGAUCAUUGCAAGAAGCUUACUGAAGCUGGGGUCAUUCAACUUAUAAAAAAUAACCCAGAUCUUAAAGACAUAAGUGUUUGGGUUUGUGUCAAAUGGAAAGAGGCAUGUCAACUGGCUUGGUAUGACACUAAAAAAUACAAAUGUGAAUCAUCAAUUGGACGUUCUUAUGAUAAUCAUGUUUGCAAUUCACAUAUCAUGCCAUUUGUUGGUGAAUAUUGUAAAAAUUUAACAAGUCUUGAAUGUGAAUUUAACGAAAAUACAUUAGUUCAUAGAGCUCAUCACUUUGUUGAAGCAUUUACACAGUUAGAUAAACUAAAAAGCCUAACAAUAACAGUGGAUAGUUAUUACUAUUAUGAAACAGUUAAUUUAUGUAAAAUAAUUAAUAGUCUUCCAGAAGAAAUUAAUGAACUUCAUGUACGUUCUCAACCUCUGAUCGUUGAGGAAGCAAUAACUGCUAUUUCAAACAAUUGUAAAAAACUUAUACGUUUAGAAAUAUUUUCUGGUUCUAUUUAUAAUGACCCUCCUUCUUCCCCGUCUGUACUUGAUAAGAUAUCAAGGUUACAAUAUCUUGAACAUUUAAAAUUGUGUAUGGGAAAGUAUCUUAAAGAUAGUACAAUAAUUGCUAUUGCUAAUAAUUGUAAAAACCUAAAAAGUUUAGAAAUCGCAGGCUGCAGUGCUAUUACUGAAACAGCUCUCGUUGCUUUAACAAAGUUGAACAAUUUACAAAAACUAGAUGUAAGCUUUCUUGAUAUCACAGACAGCUUCAUUAGUAAAUUGAAAGGAUUAAAAGAAUUGCAUUGUAAGGGUUGCACGGAACUUGCAGAUGAUGGUAUCAUUGAACUUAUAAAAAAUAACCCAGAUCUUAAAGAGAUUGAUGUCAGUCUGUCUUAA